UGAAUUUACAGUAAAUCUACAUCCGGUAAUAACACGUGUGCAUGAUCCAGAAACACAGCAAUAAAGGUAAAUCAACCUAUCGACUUCCGUAUACUUACCUAUGGUGCAUAAGACACUGGCAUUUUAGCAUUUGAAAGUUCCAAAAGAAAUAUGCCGAAAGCACCCAAAGCAAAAGUUGGACAGGACAAAAAACCAAUUCAUCCAAAUAGCAGAAAAGCUCAGCAGCUGACAAGGAAAGCUUCUCGUGACCUGAGACUUGGAGAGAGGAACUUAAACACACAAAGAACUGAAUUGCUGGCAGAUCGGUUGAUGUGGUUUCAGAAAAAUGCAAAUUUAGAAAAGAAAUGCUUGAAAAAAUGUGAACUAGCUAGUCUAGGCAAGAAAUAUUUAACAAGAUUUGAAGAUGAACUAGAUCAGAUUGAUAUUAUGCAAAAAAUUGGAAACCGACAGGGGAGACAGCAUGCUUCUAGGGAGGCAGCAAUAUCACUGACAAUGGAAAAGGAAAAAGAGGAGUUUGCAUCCAAUGGUUUAGAGUUACCCGAUGUUAUCAAUGCUAAAAACUUUGAUUAUUUUAAACAGUGGAAUGGAGAAAUCAAAUACCUGCAAAACAUAAAAUUAAAGAAGAUAGCCUCUAAAGAUUUAGAAGAAGAAUGUGAUGAAGUUUCAGAGAGUCAAGAUACACAAAUGGAAUUUCAUGACAGUGAUGAUUCAGAUUUAUAAAAUACAAAUGACUGAUUUCCUCCCCAGUUGAGAAAAUCAGUCAUGAACCUCACCCAACAAGUUUUAUCCAUGCAUUGUUUGUUCUGCAAUUUUACUGAUGUGUUAUAAUACCAUAUUUUAUUAUAUAAAAAAAUAGAGGCCCAUUGUCAUAAGAUCCUGGGCUGUUCAAGUCAA